ACUCUAAUUUCGACUUUCUCGUAAUGGGAAGCGAAAAAUGGAAUCAUGGGGAAGAAGAAGAUUACGAAUAAUCUGUACGCGCUUCUGUUCCUGAUUCUCCAAAAGCCAUGCGAGCAACCGUAAUGCUGAAGCUUGCUCCCCCUCGGCUAUCUCGUUUUUGUUCUUCGUCGGCGUUCUCCCAUCACAAUGCAUCCGUGGUCGACGAGUUCACCAAGUUUUGCUACCAGAGGGACCUUCCAAGAGCCAUGAAAGCGAUGGAAGCGAUGCACAGAAACCGCCUCUGGGCCGAUGCGAUCACUUAUUCCGAGCUCAUCAAGUGCUGCCUCAUUCGUGGGGCUGUAGAACAAGGCCGGCUUGUUCACCAGCACGUUUUCUCAAAUGGUUACGACCCCAAAACAUUCUUGAUCAAUACUCUGCUUAACAUGUAUGCAAAAUUUGGCCUCUUGGAUGAGGCCCAGAACCUGUUCGACAAAAUGCCUGAAAGGAAUGUUGUCUCCUGGACGACUAUGAUAUCUGCUUACUCCAAUUCCAGUCUUAAGUAUAAGGCAUUGGAGUUUCUGAUAUUGAUGCUUAGAGAAGGUGUUCGACCUAAUAUGUUCACGUAUUCUUCUGUAUUGAGAGCUUGCGAUGGUUUGUUGGACCUUAAGCAGCUACAUGCUAGCAUUAUGAAGGUGGGUUUGGAAUCUGAUGUCUUUGUAAGAAGUGCCCUGAUCGAUACUUACUCAAAAUUGGGUGAACAGAUAGCUGCUUUGAAUGUUUUCAACGAGAUGGUUACUGGUGAUUUGGUUGUUUGGAACUCUAUCAUUGGUGGGUUUGCUCAGAACAGUGAUGGGGAUGAAGCUUUACUUCUUUAUAAGAGAAUGAAGAGGGCUGGUUUUGCAGCUGAUCAGUCUACACUAACUAGUGUUUUGCGAGCCUGCACUGGGCUGGCGCUAUUAGAAUUGGGCAGACAAGUCCAUGUCCAUGUACUGAAGUUUGAUCAGGAUCUAAUCCUUAACAACGCCCUUCUUGACAUGUACUGCAAAUGUGGCACUCUUAAGGAUGCAAGCUUAGUUUUCACUAAGAUGGUAGAGAAGGAUGUCAUCUCUUGGAGCACCAUGAUCGCAGGAUUGGCGCAAAAUGGCUUCAGUUCGGAUGCACUCAAAUUGUUCGAAUCAAUGAAAGUUAGAGGACCAAAACCAAAUUACAUCACUGUGCUUGGAGUUCUUUUCGCCUGUAGCCACGCAGGGCUUGUGAAAGAUGGAUGGUACUAUUUCCAGUCUAUGAAGGAGCUUUUCGGGAUCGACCCAGGAAGAGAGCACUAUGGUUGCAUAAUUGAUCUUCUUGGAAGAGCUGGAAGACUUGAUGAAGCAGUGAAGUUAAUCCAUGAAAUGAACCAUGAACCAGAUGCUGUGACUUGGCGAAUCUUGCUUGGUGCUUGCAGGGUUCACAAGAAUGUGGAUUUAGCCAUAUAUGCUGCUAAAGAAAUUCUAAAACUGGAUCCCACCGACGCGGGGACGUACAUAUUGUUAUCCAAUAUAUAUGCAAAUUCUCAGAAAUGGGAGGAUGUUUCAGAAGUUAGGAAGGUCAUGAGAGCCAGGGGAGUGAAGAAAGAGCCAGGAUGCAGCUGGAUUGAAGUGAGCAAACAAGUGCAUGCUUUUAUGUUGGGAGAUGACUCACAUCCAAGAACAGAAGAGAUAAAGCGGGAGCUAAGCCAGUUAAUUCAAAGAUUAGUGAGAGUGGGUUAUGUUCCAGAUACCAAUUUCGUGCUGCAGGAUCUCGAGGGAGAACAAGAACAGAUGGAAGAUUCCCUUCAAUACCACAGCGAGAAACUGGCAAUUGUGUUUGGUUUAAUGAGCUUGCCAAAUGAAAAAACCAUUCGUAUAAGGAAAAACCUCAGAAUUUGUGGGGACUGCCACAUCUUUGCAAAACUCGUCUCGCAGUUGGAGAAUCGAGUUAUCGUUGUUAGAGACCCUAUCCGAUACCAUCAUUUCCAGGACGGCGUAUGCUCCUGUGGUGAUUACUGGUGACAAAACCUGAAGUUCAAUAUCAGUAGUCCAUAUGUGACAUACAUAACCAGAGGUUGGCCAACUCCUCAAGCCAGUUGAUCAGCCGGCCAUGUUAACAGAGCUUCAUUAUUGUGAUCAAAACUACAGAGACUGCUCAGGUUCGAUCCCAACUCCACAUUUUUUUAACUGAAAAAAAGAAAGAAAGAAAGAAAAAAGCUACCUGAUGGUUUAUCAGAGAUGGGAUGAGCACGUGGGGAAGGAAAGAACAAGUAAAGAAACAGAGAACAAAUAGGGAAUCUAUAGCCUAAUUGCACUGCUGAGUGGUGAAGUGAUCUAUUUUUUGAUGAUCUAACCGGGCAGUAUUCAUAACUCCAGAUGAGUAAAAAUAAAGCUUUUCUUAA